AUGGCUACAUACGGAACUGAACCAGUCGACAGCUACUAUUACUCAUCUUACAACCCCUAUGCGGGCAGGUACCCCCGGGCAAAAGAAGCGGGGUGGAAAUAUAAAAGUUACCUGUCCCGCUAUGGAGACACCUCGGAGGCCUUCAACAACCAGCAGCGGGCCCAGCUCAAGUCCAUCCUGUCCCAGAUCAACCCCAAACUCACCCCCCGGCUCCGGAAGGCCAACACCAGGGACGUGGGGGUGCAGGUCAACCUGAAGCGGGACGCCUCGGUGCAGUGCUCCAUCGGUCCGCGGACCCUCCUGACCCUGAAGCGGGACCUGCGGCGGAAGAGGACGCAGGAGCCCGAGGCCCCCGGCAGCCCCACGGGCAUGGGCGGCGUACGCUACCCCCGCACCAUCGCUGUUUAUUCCCCCAUCGCCUACAGGAGCGUCACCUCCUUCCUGGUGGAAGAAAACCAGGACGCGGAGCCAUCCGGGGGGGUCCAGGAGACCGAGGAACCACCAGGAGAGCCGCCCGAGUCCCCCACAAAGAACGUCGUGAGGAAGGGCAAGGACAACCGGGCAAACGACGAGGAGAAAAACACCACAAAAGUACCAGAACAGCGCCGAAAACUCAAGCCGAAACAGCUGGUGAAGAGAGAAGAAGCGCCAAACCCUGCGGAGGGGUCAAAGGGCAAAACGCGCGUGAGGUUCCAGUUUCUGGAACAGAAGUAUGGAUACUAUCACUGCAGAGACUGUAAUCUGCGAUGGGAGAGCGCUUAUGUGUGGUGUGUCCAGGGCACCAAUAAGGUUUACUUCAAACAGUUCUGUAGAAAAUGUCAAAAGGACUUCAACCCCUACCGUGUUGAGGACAUCACAUGCCAUACUUGUAACAAAGCGCGCUGUUGCUGUGCGAUCACACAACGCCAUGUUGACCCCAAGAGACCCCACAGACAAGACUUGUGUGGCAGAUGCAAGGGCAAGCGGCUCUCCUGUGACAGCACGUUCAGCUUUAAAUACAUCAUCUAG